AUGCCUCCAAAGAAGAUUCCCACUCCUUCUACUCGAGUUUCAACUCGUAAAGUCUCUCCUCCGAAGCAAAGUCAAGUCGAAGCAAAUACUUCAAAAGUCGUGAAGAAAACUCUCGCGCCCAAAAAGGCUGGUGUCACAAAACAGGUCGCGACUCAAAAGAAAGUAACUCCUACUGUCGCAAAGAAGGCAGCGAAAGCACAAGCAGAUGCAGCCAAGAAGACUACCACCACCGCCAAAACUAGCACCGUCAAGAAGACGACUAUCACGAAAGCUGCCAUAGCAAAGAAAGUUGCUGCAACUAAAUCCGCUCCAGCCAAGGCUGUUGCCCCGAAAUCCAACAAGCGCAAGGCCACCGAAGAUAUCGAUGAGCCUGUCGCAAAAUCCUCGAAGAAAACAAAAGUUACCAAAGCUACUACUGUCGCCAAAAAGCCUGCUACCAAAGCAGCUGCGAAACCCUCUCCCGCUAAAAAGCCAAAGGCCGCCCCAAAACCUAAAGCUCCAAGGGUCGUACAAACAAAAGUUGUCAAACCAAAGGUUGUGAAGCCAAAGGUGGUUAUCAACAUUGCUCCUACUCAGAUCUUAGACAUCUAUGUCUUCGGUUGUAACGAAGCUGGCGAGCUUGGUCUUGGUAUUCAGACCAAGAAGACCACCAUUUCUCGUCCAGUCAAAAACCCUGACCUCACUGCUCGUGGUGUUGUCCAGAUAGUUGCCGGAGGUAUGCACGGAGCUGCUCUCACCAAGGACAAUAAGAUUCUUACAUGGGGUGUUAACGAUGGUAAACCACUGGGUAGAUACACCGACGACUGGGUAGCACCGGUGAAAGACAUGGAUGCCGAUGGAGAAUCAGAUGAUGAAUCAAGCACAGAUGCACAAAACCCAUUGGAGAGCACCCCCGGCGAAGUUGAUAUGGCCGACGUACCAGAAGGUACCAUCUUCACCCAGAUUGCAGCAGGCGACAACGCGACAUAUGCUGUCACUAGCGAUGGCUUGGUCUAUGGUUGGGGCUCUGUUAGAGGUGCUGAUGGUCCAAUGGGUUUCACCAAAGAUGUCAAAGAGGCCUUGAUCCCAAUGCUUAUUCCUGGCUUAAAGAAUGUUGUCAAGGUCGCCGCUGGAAACAAUCACUACCUGGCUCUCAAUAACAAAGGCUCUGUUUUCGCAUGGGGUGCUGGUGAGCAUAAUCAACUUGGUCGAAGAAUUGUUGAACGUACAAGAUUGAAUUCUCUUGUUCCUCGGGAAUUUGGUCUACCAAAGGCCAUGGUCGACAUCUUCUGUGGAUCCGAACAUAGUUUCGCUGUCCACAAAAAUGGCACUGUUUACUCUUGGGGAGCCAACAACAUGGGUCAGUGUGGCCAAUUCAACAAAGAUGGUACAUUGACCGAAGAAGUUACUCCAACCGGCACCAAAGUCGAUAUUCUCAAGGGCAAGAAUAUCAAGAUGAUGGCCGCAGGAAAUGCUUCCUCCUUGGCGCUUACCCACGAUGGCGAGGUCUUGAUGUUUGGCAAAGCUUUGGAUGGUCUCGCUGGUGUGGACGUGCAGGCACUUCCAGAGGAAGUCAUCAUUAGGAACGAGCGUGAUCAAAGAUCAAUCAUCAAAACACCAAUCACCUUACCAUUCAAGGGAUCAUUCAUUGCUAUUGGCAGUGAUCACAACAUCGUCCUUGGUCCAGAAGGUACAGGUGGUCACCAUGCUUGGGGAUUUAACACAUUCAGACAGACUGGUCUAGAAGGCGAGGCGGAUGUUUACGUUGCAGAGGAGCUUGAAAACAAGCAUAUCAACGGAAAGAAGUUGGUCUCGGCAACUGGCGGUGGUCAGUUCACAUUCUUGGCCGGCAUCCCCGACAAUUAG